AUCAGAGACUCGAACAUGGACGUCUGCCACAGUUUGAUCUUCUUCGUUCUCACUCUGCAGGAUGGAAACACCGGUCUCUUCAGUGCCCAACACUCUGUCUAUUCAGGAAUUGAAGGAGAAAAUGUCAGAGUUCAAUGCUCCUUUCCUUCUUCUAGAACCAGGAAGUUCUUCUGUAAGGAACCAUGUAAACAAAAUAGAGACAUUCUCAUUGAAACAACUGAUGCCACAGCUCAGAGUGGCAGAUACAGCAUUGAUUAUAAAGAUAGACGUCAUUUUGUGACCAUCAGUCAGCUGACCAAGUCUGACUCCGGACGCUACAGGUGUGGUGUGGGAUCAUCUUUGUCAUCGGCUUCAUACGAGUAUAUUGAAAUCAUUGUUGUUGAUGCAAUGCUGUAUGGUGAUCUUUCUGCAGAAAAAACAAUCAAUGCUAGAACUGGAGGAAAUAUUGUAGUUGAAUGCUACUUUACUCGCUCUGGGACCCAAAUGUACUUCUGCAAGGAGAAAUGUGAAGGAGACAUUCUUGUUGAAACAACUAGUGAAACAUAUUUGAAAGACAGAUACAGCAUCAGAUAUGUUGAAGGAUAUCAAAGAGGAGGAUUUCUGUAUGUGAGCAUCGAACAGCUGACCCAGUCUGACUCAGGAUGGUACAGGUGUGGUCUGGGCAGAACUAACUCUCGAGAUCCAUCCCAUUGGUUUAGGCUCAUCGUCACUGAUGCUCUGACCACUUCUUCUCCUUCAUCAUCCGUCCCAUCAGCCUCUACAGAAACAUCAAACCAAAGUGAAAGCUCCACAUCUUCACCAGCCUCCCCUAAAACCACAGAGCAACCUGAAUCAACAACAACUACAGGUGUGAUCCUGUAUGUGCGUCUGACUCUGGUCGUCCUGGUCAUCGUGUCAUCACUGUCUGUGCUGGUAUUCUGCAGGAAGAGGACUUGUAAAGCCAAAAGUGAGGAACCAGAACCUCGUGUGGAAACACAAAAUGCUUCUGCACCAGACGCUGAAGACGACCCGAGUCAACCCACCUACUCUGAGAUCAAAUUUGUCAGCGUCGGCUCGUCCCAAAGCGGUUUCCACGGUGACGCUGAGUGUGUUAUCUACUCUGUUCCUCAGGUGGAAGCUAGCUCUGAUGAGCCCCCUCUGUACUCUACUGUUAACAACCCCCAAUAACUCUCACAGUCUGGCAGAAGAAGCUGGUGUGAAUUAAGCAGCCGUGUACAUAUUCUGAAACUAAGAGAUGUUUGUGGGAAUAUGUACGAUUAUUUAAUCAUUUACUUAUUUCAAACCUGCUUUGAAUGACGUCAUGUGAUGAUCAGUCCAUCUCUGCUCUAGUUCACAAACGUGCUGCUUCAACAGUUGUUUCAGGUCAAAGCUGGUUGCACUUAUUGUACGUCCCUUUGGAUAAAAGCGUAAUCUAAAUGAGAUGUAAUUUAAUGUAAAAAGCUCUUUUAUGGCUUCAAUUUAUUUAUAAAGUUCAUUUUAUUACACUUGAUAUGGUAUUAAAGUUAUCUCUGUAAGGUAAACUUUUCUAGUCAAGUUAGCAGAUUAGCAUAAGAUAUGUUGCUCCGAAUUAGCUUUGACUAUUAAAUUGACUAUUUUGGUUAAAGGCUUAUUUUACAGAAAUGUUUAAUUAUAGCGGAAUAUAAAUAAAUAAAUAUGAAACUAGAGAUGUGGUCAGUACGGGUUACAAGAUGCCACUCCUCAUACUGUUGUGUAAUGUGUCAGACUUUUAACCUGUUUGUAUUGUUUAUAUAUAUAUUUGGAUUUGCACCUUUUUUUAUAGAGUUUUAUUUUUUAUAUUGUAUUUUAUAUUAGCACUCUUCCUGCUCUGUACUGCAUCUGCUGCACAACACAAUUUCUCGGGAUGAAAAUAAAAGUUUUCUUAAACAAAUCA